UUUACAUUGAUACUGUGUAAUUUUCAUGACAACGCACCGUGGUCCAAAUUAAAUUUAGCUGCGCGUCGCCUGCUUAGUUAGUGCAUCCCAGUCUACCAAUUUGGGUGAUUGAUAAUAAAUAUGGAUGAGAUUAUCCCAGGUCUAUGGCUUGGACCUAUGCCAUUUGCAGAAAAUAUUUCAGUCUUAAAAAGAAAUGGAAUAAUGUCAAUUUUAACAUUAGAUAUCCUGCCAUUAGACUGCAAUGUAUUCAAAGGAUUUAACAUGAAGUUCUUAUAUCUGCGUGACGAGCCAUCCCAGGAUUUGCUGGAAAUUCUUGAAGAUGCUUUAAGUUUUAUUGAUGAAAGUAUAAAAAAUAACUCAAAUAUUUUGGUUCACUGGUAAGCGGAGUAAAUACAUAGUGGUCUAGUUUUUUUAAAUUAAAAACGGAUGAACGGAAUAUAGUGCUAUGGGUGUAUCUCGCAGCGCCAGUGUUGUAAUCGCCUACCUUAUGCGUCAAAAUCAUUUAUCCUAUGAAGAGGCUUAUAAUAUUGUUUCAAGGAAACGGAGUAUUUUUCCCAAUAAUGGAUUUAUUAAUCAGUUAAAGUUGUUUCAUACUAUGAAGUGGACGGUCAACCGUGAUUCUCCAUUAUUUCAACAAUAUAUGACGAAAAGAACCUUCUCAGUUUUUACGGAUUAUAAUGGUGAUCUUUUAGAAAGUCAAACAGUCUAUCAGUUGCACAACACACCUUCAAGUUUUAGAUGUAAAAAAUGCAGACAAGUGUUAUUCAAUUCGAAUCAGUUACGUAUUCAUCAAAAACCGGAGAUAACACCUAACCCUCUUAUAAAUUCUACAAAAUCCAAGAACACUGAUAACGUAUCUAGUGUAUUAAUCAAAGGUGUUUCAUUAAAUAACUCUCCUUUACAAUGUGAUAAAAAUGAAUUGUUCUGUGACCCAUUGGAAUGGACAUUGCACAGUACUAGUGAUGUUCAAGGAAAGCUUUAUUGUCCUGGAUGCAACGCUAAAGUUGGCUCUUUCAAUUGGUGUGGCGAACCAUGUGUAUGUGGCACAUGGGUAGUUCCAGCAUUUCAUUUCAAUCGUAAUCACAUUGAUCGUGUACCAAUACGUUCGAGAAAUGUGAUUAGUAUUCCAUCGAAGCCUGUAGAAGACAACAAUUCCCUCGGUACAAAUGCCGAUAUGAAUCAAUCAUAAUCUUAUCCACUGUAUCUUUCCUCUAUCCUAUAUUGUUCUGUCUUCUUUGUAAUAUAUGAGCGCGCAUUUACAUCAAACUGAUAGUUUUCUCAAGUUUCCUCCUCUUUCCUUAAAUACAAUUUAAUAUCUUCAAGAGAUUUAUUUCUUAUGAUUUAUUUGAUUACUAUGUAUAUUUUCCACUUUGUUUUAGAAUAG